AUGGCAACCCCAUCAAUGUCCUUCUUUCCCUUAUUCCUUCUCUCUCUCUUUCUCCUUCUACCAUUACUCAUAGCUCAAGCUCCAUCUCCUCCUUCAUCCUCUUCAGCAUGCAAAUCCACAUUAUAUCCAAAACUAUGCCGUUCCAUUCUCUCAUCCAUACGUUCAUCUCCUUCUGAUCCCUACCACUUGGGAAAAUUCUCUAUCAAACAAAGCCUCAAAGAAGCCAAGAAACUAGACAAAGUGUUUGAUAAAUUCCUUAAUAAACACCACUCUUCUUCCCCUUCUCUCAACAAUGCUGAGUUUGCAGCACUAGAAGACUGCAGUGAGCUCAACAAGCUUAACGUGUACUACUUGGACACAGUUUCAGAAGAGCUGAAAUCUGCUGACUCAUCGAACACUGAGUUGGUGGAAAAUAUUGAAACCUAUCUGAGUGCUGUGGCCACUAACCACUACACUUGUUAUGAUGGAUUGGUGUUGACAAAGAGCAACAUUGCCAAUGCUCUUGCGGUGCCUCUAAACAAUGUCACACAACUUUACAGUGUGUCACUUGGUUUGGUCACGCAGGCUUUGAAUAAAAACCUUGAGAAACAUAAGACCCGCAAACAUGGUCUUCCCACCAAGGAUUACAAGGUCAGGCAGCCACUUGAAAAACUCAUUAAGCUUCUUCGCACAAAGUAUAGUUGCAACAAAUCAUCAAAUUGUACAAGAAGUGAAAGGAUUCUUAAAGAAAGCCAUAGCGAAGGAAUUCUAGUGAAGGGGUUUGUGACUGUGAGCAUUGAUGGCACAGACAACUUCACUUCCAUUGUAGAGGCAAUUACAGCUGCACCCGAUAAUCUAAAGCCAGAAGAUGGCUAUUUUCUUAUCUAUGCCAGAGAAGGAUACUAUGAGGAAUAUGUCACUGUUCCCAAUCAAAAGAAGAAUAUAUUGCUUGUUGGUGAUGGUAUCAACAAAACUUGCAUCACAGGAAAUCAUAGUGUCAUGGAUGGUUGGACCACUUUCAAUUCUUCAACCUUUGCUGUCUCUGGAGAAAGAUUCAUUGCAGUGGAUGUUACAUUCAGAAACACAGCUGGCCCACAGAAGCACCAAGCAGUUGCUGUGAGGAACAAUGCAGAUCUCUCCACAUUCUACCGUUGCAGCUUUGAAGGAUACCAAGACACUCUCUAUGUUCACUCACUCAGGCAAUUCUACAGGGAAUGUGACAUUUAUGGCACUGUGGAUUUCAUUUUUGGCAAUGCUGCAGUGGUGUUCCAGAAUUGCAACAUAUAUGCUAGAAAACCAUUGCCAAACCAAAAGAAUGCUGUGACAGCACAAGGGAGAACUGAUCCAAAUCAAAACACUGGAAUUUCAAUACAAAAUUGUAGGAUUGAUGCUGCACCUGACUUGGGUGAAGACUUGACUUCCAUUCAAAAUUACUUAGGUAGGCCUUGGAAAGUUUAUUCAAGGACUGUGUAUAUGCAGUCAUAUAUUGGAGGGCUAAUUCAAUCUGAUGGAUGGUUAGAGUGGAAUGGCACAGUAGGAUUAGACACCCUUUUUUAUGGUGAGUUCAAUAACUAUGGACCUGGUGCUGAUACCAGCAAGAGGGUACAAUGGCAUGGUUAUAAUCUGUUGAAUGCUACUCAAGCUUGGAACUUUACUGUGCUUAAUUUUACCUUGGGGAAUACUUGGCUUCCGGAGACAGAUAUACCCUACUCUGAAGGACUCUAG